AUGAUUCCAGGUCUCGAAGAACGCCUAAUGAAUGGCUCUGAAGAAGAAGUGGCAGUAGUUGCAAGUCUGAUACAGAAAGGUGCUGCUAGUGCGAGGUCCGACGACACGAAAAGCCUGAAGGGCGCCAUCCUGGAUUGGAUCACUCCGAAGGGUCAGUCUCUUUAUCCACCGCUCUCACGUAAUGUGAAAGUGGAUCGUGGAUUCCACCACGAGCGUACUGGAUCUUUGUUAUGUCCAGCCGGUAUGGACUGGUCCAACGACGAGACUAAGCAGCUGUUGCGAGAUGGGGAAACGGUGAUCUCCGGUGACCAAUGGCCCAUUUUCUUGUACCGUAACUCGAUAUACGAUGCGGAAGACCCGUGGAAUGGUCUUUUUCGUAGCGGCCUUCUCGUUUCGGCGUACAAACAUAUCUUCACGUCACCUAGUUCUGUCGAGAGAGAACCGAAAGCUACUCGAGCUGGUAAUGCGCGUAUACAUGGAAUGACUAAAGUUACCCCAGCCUCCGUUGGUUAUGUUGCCACUCAGGUUCGAUUCGCUUUGUCUUCAUCUCCCGUAUUUUCCAGGACAGACACAGCCACCGACUCCGAGCGUUUUUACAAUUCGAUUCUUGAUUUGUUUGAAGAUGUUGAUGAGCAAGAAGAAGUCAACGAACUUCUGUUGUGGUGGAACCGUCAGGUGUUUCCGAACUCCUCGACUGCGCGGAGGCCAGUGUCGAAGAAUAGUGCUUUGGCUAAGAUCAGAGAGAGGCGAGCGGCACUGAAGGCCACUGCAAUUGCCAGCGGCAGCAGCCGAUGCUCCGGUUCGUUCUCUAACGAUGCUCUGUAA